GACACAAUAGUGUUUUGUGUAGGACUGAAAGGAGCCGUUUCCCUCUGAACAAUACAGGACUGACCUUGGAGAACGGUGGACUGGAGUUUAUAUGAACAUCACUGAGACUGAAGUUUAGACCAGAAUGAAGAUUCUCCUCAUCUUCACCCUCCACCUGAUCUCAGGUGGAGCGGCUGGUAUUGAUGUGAUCGGCUUCCUGGGAGGAAGAGUUUCAAUCACCUGCAGACACAAUAAUUAUGGAAGGGAAAGGAGGUUUUUUUGCAAAAUGAAAACACAAACUGAGUGUGACUAUAUUACAGUUACUGAGUCUCAACAGUGUAACACAUGGAUUCAUAAAGACAGAUUUGAUCUACAUGAUAACUGUCACACAGCCCUCAUACUGACCAUCAGACAGCUGAGCUCAGAGGAUGCUGGGACAUAUAGCUGUGGAGAGGGUGGGAGGUGGAGUCAUCAGUUUAACCUCCAAGUGAUCAGAGAUCCAUGUUGUUUGGGGUCAAAGACUGUGUCUGGUUAUCUGGGAGAGACUGUCACCAUCAGCUGUUCAUAUCCAGAGCAGUUUGAAAGACACAGCAAGUACUUCUACAAACUUGAUGGUCAUUAUAUUCCUAUAAUGAUCGACACCACAGAGACUCAGAGAGACAGAUUCUCCCUCUCUGAUGACAGAAACUCUAAAGUUGUCAGUGUGAGAAUCAGUGAUGUGAGUGAAGAUGAUGGAGGAGUUUAUUUCUGUGCAGUGAGUGUUGGAGGAGAGUCAGUCAUUUAUUACUCCCUCUACACAGAGAUUCAGCUACAGGUCACUGUAAAGGGCCGUAACAACUAG